AUGCGCACACCGUCCGACAGCGACACCUCCGCCUCGGUCACCCCCAAGCCGUCCGCACUCAUCAUGCCGACCAAGGCCGCGGCGUCGACCAGCUCGUCUUCGUCUUGUCCCACAGACUCAGAGCCUGGCACCCCGACCAUCGACCACGCUUCUGUACUUGACAGCCGCGGAGAUGAUUCAGACUCGCUGCCAUCCCCUACCAAGCGCCAGCGCCACGCCACAGACCGGCACAACAUGUCGCGCCGUGGUCGUCGCUCAAAGGUCAAGGUCACAGCAAAGGUCAAGGCUGAGGCGAGCGACGAGACGUUCGCGGUGUAUGCUCCUGCCGCCCCCGUCGCUGUCCCCAGCAUUCCCGCUGUCCCCGCCAUGAUUCCUACACACGCAGCUGCGGACCAGAGCGCCACGCUCAUGAUCAACACGGCCUCGUCUGCGACAAACACUAGUAUCCACGCCCACGUUGCCGCCGCAUUCCUCGAGGCCAACAGCAGCGGCCUCACGCCCUCGUUCCACAGGAUGGGCUUCGACCUCUCACCCGAGAGCUACCCAACCACCCCGACUCCCAACCGCACGCCGCGCUCGCUGCCGACCACGGCGCAGGCGCAGGCUCACGCGCAGGCGUACCAGCACGUCCCAGCAUACCCGUCGUACGCUGGCCACCUGUACCCGCGGUAUCACGCCAGCCAGCCCAACCUCGCGCCUGUGUUUGUCAACAACAACCAGCAGCAGCAGUUCUAUUAUCCUCAGCAACAACCCCAGCCUGAGCUGUACCAGUACUACUCGCACACGCCGCACUUUGUCUACCCCGGCGCCGUCCCGUCUCCAGCCGUGCACGCCAGCCAGGCCGUGCACCUCGCCGGCCCGCGCAGCCACUACCCUCCCCGCCACGGCGUCGUCCACAGCGUCCACAGCGUCCACGGCGCGCCUCACCUUGUUGCUCAGCCAAACACGCACGACCACUAUGCGUUCGCUGCAGUGACCCCCCAGCCCAGCGCCCCGACCAUGGCUUCUGGCGUCGGCCCGUUCGUCCCCAGCAUGGCAACAGCAUACACCGACAUGGGUCCGAGCUUUGUGCGGCCGCCCUCGCCCUCGCCGUUUGCGUUCGAGCACCCAGGCAGCACGCGUCCAGUCACUGCCGUGGUUCCAGUCCAAGUGGGAACCGACACCAAGCCGGCGGCCGUCGACGCUGGAGCCAUCACUCAGGCCCCAGCGCCGCAGAUCGAUGCACUGGCCACGUCGUCCACCGGUGUGUGCCUUGCCGCCGCCGCCCAACCCGACAGUGGCGUGAGCGUGAGCGCAAGCUCGUUUGGCGGCAUCGACUUGACCCUCGACCACGCGCUCAACGCUCUCAACGCGACCCUCCAUGCUCCCCUGCCCGAAUCGCAGACCGAGGAGGUGUUUGCGUCGAUGGACCUCAUGCACGACCUGCCGGACAACUACUCGAGCCUCGUCGAGAUGACAGCCGAGCAGUACAAUGGGUUUUUCAACGAGGCGACGGAUACCCACGCGGGCAUGUCUGCUUGGGCCACGUCAGCCGCGGCACCGGGCGGUGGUGAUGGUGGUUGCUCGGGCCUCAUGAUCAACACGUCUGACCCGGUGUCGCCGUACGAGUCCGAAGCCACGCCGUCCCCGCUCGACCCGCGCUUUGCGCACCUCACCGGCUCCUCGCCCGACGCCGUGAGCCCUGUGACCCCGCUGCCCACGACGCCGACCAAGAGCAACAAGCGGCCGCUGCGCAAAAAGACCAGUGGCGCGUCCGUGUCCAUCAAGGCCAAGGCAAAGAACACACCCGUCAAGGUCAAGACCCGCCGCGUGCCCACGUCGUCUGAGGACUCUGACGACUACGGCGACGACGACGACGACACGUCCGACCUCUCGGACCUCGACUCGAACGAGUCGGACAAGUAUGGCACUGCGGCGACGUACACGAACGCGGCGGAGAUGGCCACGUUCUUCUCGUCGACGCACGGCGAGCACAAGGACCGCUUCAACCCCACGCGCCAGGAGCGCACUUUUUUGGAGAGCGUCGCCAAGACUGUCCCUAACCCCACGUCUGCGCAGGAGAAGAAAAUCGGCGAGGCGCUGGGCGUCUCCGAGUCGACGGUGGACGUGUGGUUUAUGAACCGUGGCUGCGACCGCGGGCCGCGCCGCAACCCCGACGUGCCCAUGCCCCGUGACAUUGACCAGCGGCUGCUCUGGGACCUUGUGCGCGACAAUGACCCGUCUCUCGCCAUCAUCCCUGCCAACCGCUUCAGCAUGCAGGACUGGACGCGCGUCCUCAACAUCACCAACAGCACUGCCGACCUCGCCGUGGCCGUCCGCCACUCUACCCCGCAGCUCCUGCUGUACACGCGCCACAAGGACGCCAUCUACCGCAUCACCAUGCCCGUGGUCGGCGCGGCGUUUACAAACUUCAAGGCCGUCAGCUCGACGAGCCCCAAGGGCCGCGGAGACAUCAUGUCGCUGCGCAUGCGCUAUGACGACCAGUACUCGACCUUCCACCUCAACCGCGGUCUGGGCUGGGAGAAGAUUGACGAUUUCCGCGAGCUCAAGCUCGUGGGCGAGUACAUCGAGGUCGGCAGCCACGAUGAUAUCAUCCUUGCCCUGCGCAACCUCCUGGUCUUCAUGGUCGCGCAACAGCAGCAGAACCAGCAGCAGCACCAGCAGCACCAGCACCCGACCGCAGGUGUUGGCCCCGGCAGUAAUGAGAUGGCGUCGGCGCCUCCGCAGCCCGUGUCUCACCUGAUCCCCGAACGCCUCGUUCCCGAACACACCGGGGCUCAGUGCGCUGGCCGCACUGCCCGCACUGCCCGCGCAGCCCGGCAGAAGAAGAAGCAGCAGCCCGCAAGUUCAAACUCUACGUGGACGACGCCGACCGCGACGCCGACGGGCCCGACCUCUUCUACCUCUACCUCUACGUCUGCGUCUGCCAGCGACGCUAUCGCCAACGGGUACCACACUAGCGCGCCGACCCUCGGCGCCCACACGCCUCGCCAACCCGAUACGGCAGGCGCGACCCCCGUGCCCGGCAUGCCUGCGGUCCACAGCCACCAGCCGAUCCAUGCCUUGGCCACCACCCCGCCCACUGCGGCCUUGUUCGCCGGCGGCGCCGGUCCGCACGCCGUCUCGCACUGA